AUGAGCACCAAACUUGUUCGGGGGAAAACGACCAAGAUCUUGGUCUUAAAUCCCAACUCCUCUAAGGCUAUGACUGAUGGCAUGAACGUCGUCAUCAGCUCUAUAGAUUUACCAUACUCAACCGAGAUUCACACAUACACAGGCCCCGAGGGCGCACCCGCAAGUAUCAACGAUGGGAAGGACCUCGAAGAGAGCACUAUAGCUGUGCUUAAGGACUUAGAGACCUCUUAUCCUAGCGGUAUGGAUUACGAUGGGGUCGUGGUCGCGUGUUAUAGCGUGCACCCGCUCGUACCAGCCAUGCAGCAUGACCAUACAAAAUACCCCAACGUCGUCACCGGAAUUUUCGAGGCCAGUAUCCUAGCAGCCUUAUCGGUGCUCUCAUACGGCGAGGCAUGGGGCAUCAUCACCACAGGAAAAUUCUGGGAGGAGCACUUAGCUACGGGUGUUGGGAAUUUCCUAGGUGCAGAAACAAGAAGUCCUGGCCCCGAGAACUCAAAGUUUGCCGGAGUUGAAUCUACCGGCUUGAAUGCCUCAGACUUCCACCACGGCGUUGAUCCCGCCAUCGUGAGGCGGAAGCUCAAAGAAGCAACUAAGCGACUUCUUUCUAAGGGCCGCGUUCGUUGCAUCGUUAUGGGAUGCGCGGGAAUGGCCGGGUUGGAAGACAUUAUCCGAGAGGCUGCCAACGAAGAAAAGGGUGAGGAAUUUGCCCAGUCUCAACUACAUGUUGUAGACGGCGUCAGAGCUGCUAUAAUGCAACUCGAGCAUACAAUCAAAUAUCAAAGGCUACUGCCUGGAAAGCCAUAA